GAGUGGCGAGUGGCGGUUGGGAAUGAGAUUUAUUUAUUGUUAAGGGGGUAGGGGUCAGCCAAGCCCAAGCGUGGCGGUGAAUGGUAAUCGAGGGGAGUGAAUGGCCACCGACGCCGCCCUCAAGACCUGUCUUCUGUGGCUGGCAGCCGUGAUAGCGGUGGUUGGCCUCUCCACUCACUCUGCUCUCAAGAUGCUGCUUACCUAUAUCCUCGGCGUUCUCGGCAUUGCCGGCGUCCUCCUCCCCGACUGGGACUACUUCAAUCGCCAUUUCUCUCGCUGGCCCCACCCUGUCACCGCCCGCGAAAGAGCCGCUCUUCUCCCCCAUCCCCAUGCUUCUCCUUUUCUCAGGUUUGCCAGUUCUCCACUCAGGGUGACUGCCUACGCCGCCAUUUAUGGAUAUGCGAUCUACAGGUGGUGGGGCUAUGUUUCCGACUCCUCAUGACUCCUGCUUCCUUCUCGCCGGCCGCGCGAUUUCAACGAGUGCGUUGAUCUGUUCAUCGAGGGUAAUGAUGACCAUAUGAUAUGUAUAGCUUUCAUCCAUGUCCAUGUACGCCUGCAAGCAGGCACUGCCCUAAAUUUAGUACACACUCUACGCCCUCCACUGCGCGUUCUCUUUGCCAAUGCUCUCUCCAAUAUUCUACCCUACGCCGCCAUUUACUAAAAUGUCUUAAAAAAAAAAAAAGGCAUC